CUUUCUGACCUCACAUUUCCUACGCGACAACACCGCGUUCAACGACUUGAUCCGACCCACCAAUCAAUAAUGUCUUCCGAAGUAGACUACAAAGAGUAUCUGGCCGCUCGAUUGCUGGCCGAGAAUCAUCCAGUUACCUACCGUUUACUUAGUCGGGCAGUCAAGACUCAUGUGAACAAAGCAAAGCAGAUGCUCUACGAGUUCCACAAGAUCCAGAACGCGAAGAAACCUCAAUCAAUUCACGCGACUUACCUCGUUACCGGAAGGAAACGCACACUCAAACACACAAAUGGGUUGAACGGAAAGGACGGUGAAGAUGCAGUCAUGCAAGAUUCGCCAUUCCCGAGCUCUGUACCAGAGCCCCAGGAGCCUCCCGAGGAACCUAUUCCCACAACUUCCAUCGUUCUCGUCAGGGAGGAGGAGCUUGAAAAGACGAAGGCAGAGUUCUCGGAUAUAACUUCUAUACAUAUCUACAGCUUGGAGUCUGGUGCCAUCGAAGAUCUGGGUAUUCUUACUCUGUGCAAUGCGGAAGUUCCAGCCCAAUCCAAGAACGAUGACCCACUCGAGCUCUGGCAGCUGUAUGGAUGCAUACACAACCCGUACAUCAAGCGAAGAACACCCAAGUCCAGUAUCACAGCCUCCAAAUCCUCCUCGAAACCCACAGCGCAACCCGCCGCAAAAUCCCAACAGCCCUCCGCCUCCGCCGCACCAGCCGCUUCCAAACCUAGCAACACCAAACCCAGUGCUACAGCACCUGCGAAAGCAACCCUCAAGCGCUCCGACUCAUCAAAAAGCAAUGCAUCUAAAAAAGGUCCUCACGCAGGCGACAUUUUCAAAUCGUUCGCCAAAGCCAAACCACCCAAACCGAAAGAAACCGCCACACCUUCUGCCACGGACGACUCGCCCAUGGCUGGAAUGUCUGAAGACGAAGGGUCAGACUCGGAGCCCGACCGCAGCACCACUCAGGUCGAUGAGGCUAAAGCUGCAGCGGCACGGGAAGAGAAAGAAGCAAGACAGGAAGAGCUGCGCAAGAUGAUGGAGGAGGAUCUUGUCAUGGAGGAUGCUGCCGCGUCUACAUCUCCACAAGAUACAGCUGAUAUGGAUGAGGCCUCGCAGGAUACACCGGCUGCUACACCGUUGGAUACACAGAAGAAGGACGAGCCGAAGCCUGUCGAGACUGUAGUGACUGAAGGCGGCCGUAGACGUGGCAAGCGGCGCGUCACUAAGAGAAAGAAGGUCAAGGAUGCUGAUGGGUAUCUAGUUACAAAGGAGGAAUCCGUCUGGGAAUCCUUCUCCGAAGACGAGAAACCACCCGAACCUAAGAAACCAAAACCCGCUGCCUUCUCGACCGCGAAAGGCGGAAAGAAAGGCGGUGUUGCGAAGGGGCAAGGGAGUAUCGCGAGUUUCUUUAAAAAGGCUUGA